AUGCCCUCAGCAAGAGAUAUCGCCGCAGCAAGUCAGCCUUCAAGUGGCUCUCAUUGGGGCAAUGAUCAGUGGGGCGUCGAGUCAGGAUGGAGCACUCAGUUCGACGAUAAUACUUGGGGAGUUCAGUCCGAUCAAAACCCGUCUAAGGAUGACUCAUGGGGAACCGAUACGUGGGGCACACAGCCUAACGAUCCGGCACCAGCGUCCGUUGUUCAAUCGCAGCCCGACCUCUCUCAUUUUCCGCUUCCCAAAAAAAACAGCGGUCAGAAGCGUGGUGAGGAUUUCCAGGCCUUCUUUGCCCGCCGGGCCAUGAGGAACGAGGAGAGGGAGGUGAAGGAAACACCCUCUCAACGGCAGGCACGUCUAAGCCGUGAACGUUCUGCAUUGGGUCAUCACAUACCCGGGAGGUCCAGCACGAUUCAAGUGUUCGAAUGGCGGCCCAAUGAUGAUGAUGAUGAUGAUGAUGAUGAUGAUGAUGAUGAUGAUGAAGACGGAUUUCUGUUGCAUCACCCCGUCACGAAGGCUUGCAUAGCGGAAAUAUGGGGAGAUUACAACAAGCAAACUAGGAUAUUCGACCCCUUCUCCAACCAGUGGGAUUUGUGUCACACCCUCGACCCGACUAGCAUCCCUGACGGUGACGAUCGGGAAGAUGACGACGAC